GUUCUGCAAGGCAAACACGGCUGUAUGAGUGAAACCCAAACCACCGGAAGAUCGAGGAACAGACUCGCGUACACGCUUAUUGGUGUAGGAUCUCUAUCGUGAUGGGAAGCUUUCAGUCUUUUCCGGAUGACCAUCAAUAUCGAACCCUGUCAGAGAAGACAGGCUUUUCACUGAAGCAGAUCGGAAUCCUCCACAAUCGUUUUAAGCAGCUCAGCCAAAAUGAGGAAACAUUACGGAGAGAUGACUUUAAAACAAUCCAAGAUUUGGAAAGCAACCCAAUUCGGUCCCAGAUUAUUGAGGCUUUCUUUGAUCGAAGAAAUUUCAAGAAAGAUGGUGUGGGAUCUGUGGAAGAAAUUGGUUUUGAGGAAUUCCUUACCGUAAUGUCGUACUUCAGAGCACCGACCCAUCAUAUCACAGAGGAGCAGAGAGAAGAAAUGAGGAGAGCCAAACUGCGCUUUCUGUUCAACAUGCAUGACACAGACAAUGAUGGAACAAUAACACUGGAUGAAUACAGACAUGUAGUCGAGGAGUUGUUGUCCCGUAGUGGAGCUGUUGGAAGGGAGACAGCUAAGGGCAUUGCAGAUGCUGCAAUGCUGGAGGUUGCCAAUAUCUCAGUAGGUCCCAUGGCACCUGAUGAAUUCUAUGAAGGAAUAACAUUUGAGCAAUUUUUGAAGAUUCUUAAAGGAGUUGAAAUCGAGACGAGUAUGCACAUUCGCUUCUUAAACAUGGACACAACUGCAUUGUGCAAGUAACGUUGUCUAAAUACUGCUGGUAAAAUGUAUACUUUUCAGUAAAAUAAGCACUUUAUUACAUGAGCCCGUUUUAGAAUAGUUUGGAUUGAUCUGUAGUUCUAUGAACUAAUGGUAGGAAGCCUAGAGUGUGCAUUUUACAAUUGUUAAAAAGCAAUAAGAAAAAUGUCUCAUGAUAUCUAAAACUCCUGGCUUUGCAUGCUGAUAUUACUUAAUUAUGGUACAAUAUAAUUAAUACUAUGCAGACUUUAUUUUUUUAUUUUACUUGUUUUAUGUAAUUAGUUCCUCUUUAUUCUAAAAUUAUAUAUGUAUAAUAUUUAUAUACAUACACACAGUGUAUGUUUAUAUCCAAAUGCAAUCAUAAUAUUUUCACUUGAAUGUAUUAAUACUAAAUAGAACAAGCAUAUUAUUAACAUUGUGAUAUAGAAAUAGCAAUAUUUUGUGUGCUCUUUUUAUGUGUGAUCUGAACAUAAUACUAAAAAAAACAAAAAAAACAAUUUAAAUCCAUGGUCAGAAAUAAAGAACUGCAGUUACUCUUAUCAACCAGCAGAUAUUGCUAAUGUCACAGCUUUGUUUGUGUCAGUGGAUAUAGAAAAACUCAGGUACUUGUACAACUGAUUAGCAUGUUUCAGCCUGUUCUUGCAAGGGCAACUAGAAGUGUAUCAACAAAAAUUACAUUAUAAACAAUACAAAAUAUUCUAAAACGAUGAAUGACACCAUGACAAUGAUGAUCUGUAAGUGCUAGUGGACACCAAAGACUUUUAAUCAAUAUUAGCAGCCACGUAUAUUUCAAUAAUAACAGACUUUGAGACAUAGAGCUCAAGUUGUGCUGUGUUAGCAGUUGUGCAUGGAUCAUACAGAUGUAGUUUUAAAGGUAGGAAUGUUUUGCAUAAAGCAUUUUUGCAAAAAUGAAACUAGCAUUUACUCUGUGAAAGGGCAAAAAAUGUGUCAGAAUCAAGAAAUGAAUUAAUGUUUCUCCUGUUAACCUUAAAAAGGAAAAAAAGACUGUACAUGCACUCACUCUGAAUUGAAUCUGCAACUUGCAUUUACCACAAUAAAACGACAUCUUGCAACA